GGCAGGCAGAGGCAGAGCUUCAUAAUCGCGAGUGCUUUUGAGUGGGUUAAGCAGCAUGGCGAGCCUCAGGCUUGCAAUCGCAGCUUCUUUGAAAGAACAACAAGCUCCAACCGCGAUUACAGCAGCGCCGGAGCCCGAGAGGCCGCAGAGCAAGGCUGCCAAGGGUAAGGCUCUCCCUGGUAAAGCUGCCAAGUCGUCGCCGCCGCCACAGCGCAAGCGCGGCAAAGAAGCUACGACACCCGUCGCUCCGCCGCCCAAACGGAGCAAGCCGAAGACCAGUGCUGCACCGAAAGCUGCCAAGGCGGAGCCGGCGCCACCGCGCACGGACAAAGAAGCGCCGAAGCCGGCCGCUCCGCGCAAGCGGAGCCCGCCCGCGGCCGCGCCGGCGCCGCGCAAGCGCGACAAGAAGCUCGCCGUGGCCGUCGGAGAUAAUGUAGACGCGCUCUGGCCCGCCGACGGCGAGUACUAUCCCGCGAAAGUGCGAGCCGUCAACGCCGACGGCACCAUUGCUUUAGAUUAUGCGGACGGCGACCGGCGGAACGACGCCACGACCAGCGAGCUGCGGUGCAAGAGACAAGCGACCGCCGAGGCGGACCCGGACUUCGCGCCCGCGGCGCUUUCAACAGCCGACGCGCCCGCCACCCGCAGCACGAUCACGGACAAGAAGGCCUUGGAGGAACGCAUGGCCGCCGAUGGCUGGACCAAGGAGGAGAAGGCGCGCGAGAGUUCUAGUCAUGUCGACAAAUACUGGAUCGACCCGAAGGAUGGCAAGAAGUGUAGAUCGAUUGUAGAAGUCGCGCGCAAGGCCUACCCCGAACUACUAGAGGAGGCGCCGCAACGACCAAAAAAAGAAGCCGAAACGGGCCCGCUCGCCUGCAGAAAAGGAUGCGGCCGCUGCUUCGGCAACGGUGGCGCGCGCGGCUCGCACGAGCUCCACUGCGACGGCACGCCGAAGCCGCCGCGGCGCCGCCGCCCCGUCGCCGUGGCGAAGCGCGACAAGCUACCCUCGCGUAGAGCCACUAAUACAGAUGCGCUGAAGGCCUCAUCAACGGAGGACGCUUUACCAUUACCGCCGCCGCCGCCCCGAGAACGCGCGAAGAAUCAUGAUGUGGAUCUCGGGGCCUUUGGCUGGACGCCACCAAGUGAACCGCCGUCGUUCGAGCGGACAUAUUCAUUGUUGAAAGCGGUCGAGGUGCCGCGGACGCAUAGUAGGGAGAACAUCACUUUGCCCGAGGACGAAGCGACAGGUGUUAGAUCCGCCUGCGUCGGUCUCGUGGGCGCGCGGAGCCAUGGUGUGGUUGCGUCGCAAUUUGCUCGCUCCAGACCGUCACUAACGAGGGAGCUCGUGCGGUUUGGAAGGCACUUCCUCCCGUCCAGUUUCAAGUUCACGUCGAUCCAGUUAAAUCACAACUUCGCGUCGGCACUGCACGUCGACGAUUAUAAUUCCGGGCCGUCCUACAUCGUCGGUCUUGGUGGUUAUGAAGGUGGGGAAUUGUGGACUUUGGAACAUGGGCCUUUGAACUGUAAACAUAGUUUCUGCCACUACGACGGGACGGAGCCGCACGCGACGCUCCCUUUCACGGGGGAAAGGUACACGCUCGUCUUCUUCACGCACCAGACGCAUCCUAGGUUAGGUGAUGCGGACCGAGCCUACCUGGAGAGCCUCGGGUUUCCCCUACCGAAGCCGACGGAGUUGUUACGUCGGAGACAGAAGAAGGGCUUUGCCCAUGGCACUUCUUUUGAAGCGCCGAAGCGCGUGAAGACGGCGGCCGGGCAAGCGGCCUUGGACGCGCACAGGGCGGGCGCGUCCGUAGAUGCGGCGAGGGCCCGAGGCGACGCGGUCUUCGAGGCCUGGCGGAAGGAAGAUGCAAGGGAAGCGACGCCGGAGCAGCGGGCGAUCCAGGGUCGCGUUUUUAUUGAUGAUGGGACACGAUGGCGUGUUAGAGAUGAAAAGAAGCGGGGCGUGUAUUACGACCUCGAGCUGAAACAACUCUGCGUCGAGUACUACGACUUCGACGCGUAUGGGAUGAAUGAUCCCGGUUCGGGAGAUGAUGUGGUCGAGUUCACGCCUUAUGAUGAGUUAUUGGGGUUUGCGGACUGGGUCGACGCGCCGGAAUCACUGUCGGGUAGUGCUCUGGAGGCGGCGAAGGCCGAGGCGGCGCGGCGGCUGGACGCGAAAAGGGCGUUUGAAGCCGCCGACGACGCGAUGGACUACUACGCGGAGAAAGAUGCAAAGGAGGCGGCGGCGGCGGCGAAGGCCGCGGCGGAGGCGCCCUUCCAACCGGUCUUAGUCCAGUUCGAUCAACGGUAAGGUGGCGGCGGCGGCGUCUUCGUA